CAUCAUUUUCCCACUUUCGUCGUCUCCGUCUCUCUUCUUCUCCUUCUCCUCCUGCGUCGUCCCCAUCCCUCUCUCUCUCUCUCUCUAGAACCAGAUCUCGCUUUCUCUCUCUACAAUUCAACAAUGGCGGCCGCACCCUCGCCUCGCGAAGAGUACGUCUACAUGGCAAAACUCGCCGAGCAGGCCGAGCGCUACGAGGAGAUGGUCGAGUUCAUGGAGAAAGUCUCCGCCGCCGCCGACACCGAGGAGCUCACGGUGGAAGAAAGGAACCUCCUAUCCGUUGCUUACAAGAACGUGAUCGGAGCCAGACGCGCUUCCUGGCGCAUCAUCUCCUCCAUCGAGCAGAAGGAGGAGAGCCGCGGUUACGAGGAUCACGUCUCCGUCAUCCGCGACUACCGAUCUAAGAUCGAGUCCGAGCUCUCCAACAUCUGCGACGGUAUCCUCAAGCUUCUUGACUCGCGACUCAUCCCCUCUGCUUCCUCCGGUGAUUCCAAGGUGUUCUACCUUAAGAUGAAGGGAGAUUACCAUAGGUAUCUGGCUGAGUUUAAGACCGGCGCUGAGCGUAAGGAGGCCGCUGAGAGCACCCUCGCCGCUUACAAAUCUGCUCAGGAUAUUGCAAAUUCAGAACUGCCACCAACUCAUCCAAUUAGGCUCGGCCUUGCUCUGAAUUUCUCUGUGUUUUAUUACGAGAUUCUCAACUCUCCUGAUCGUGCCUGCAACCUCGCAAAACAGGCUUUUGACGAAGCGAUUGCUGAAUUGGAUACCUUGGGAGAGGAAUCAUACAAGGAUAGCACUUUGAUCAUGCAACUUCUUCGUGAUAACCUCACCCUCUGGACCUCCGACAUGCAGGAUGAUGGAGCAGAUGAAAUUAAAGAAGCACCAGCAAAACCCGAUGAACAGCAGUGAAGAUAUCUUACUGCUGAUUAGAAUUGAACUUCUCCCCUAUAUGUUUUUCAAGGGAGAAGAUGCUUGUUGCUUAUCUCAUUGGGUGCUGAGAUUUUAGGCAUUCAAGUCUGUUCUGGAUGUACUGGGCUGUUUUAGUUUGUCCUUCCAUUUUUAUUUUUAUGUGCUUACAAAUUGCUAUUUUCUUGAGGACACAUAAGUUUUUAUUAUAUGGAAUUGGCAUUUCAAGAUUC